UUAAGAGGAGGAGCGACUGGGAUCUACGCUACACGCUCACUCACAGCUCAAAUCACAGUAGUGAUGUUCCCCAGCAGCGUGUAACAGGCAGAUCUCGCAGACUUCAGAUUGAUCUCAUCUCGAGAAAUGCUACUACUGAAAGCUUUCAGGCUAGAGAGACGUCUUAAAGUGACACGCGUCCUUUAAAUUCGAACGCAUACUGUACAAGUCCGUGCGUGAAAAGGAAAUAAGUUUAAAGAUGUCUGUCAGUAAUCAUGAGAACCGAAAGUCGAGGUCAAGCUCUGGGUCCAUGAACAUCCAGCUAUUCCACAAGACAUCACAUGCAGACAGCCUGCUUAUCCAACUCAACCUCCUCCGCAAGCGACGUGUCUUCACGGAUGUAGUCCUGCGUGCUGGAAAUCGAGCAUUUCCAUGCCACCGUUUGGUCCUGGCUUCAUGUAGCCGCUAUUUUGAGGCCAUGUUCAGCGGCGGUCUGAAGGAGAGUCGAGAUGCUGAGGUCAACUUCCAUGACUCUUUGCAUCCGGAGGUUUUGGAGCUCCUUCUAGACUACGCCUACUCCGCCCGGGUGAUCAUCAACGAGGAAAAUGCAGAAUCUUUGCUGGAGGCUGGCGACAUGCUCCAGUUCCACGACAUCCGUGUCGCCGCUGCAGAAUUUCUGGAGAAGAAUCUGCAUCCGUCUAACUGCCUCGGAAUGAUGCUUCUGUCCGAUGCUCAUCAGUGUCAGAGGCUGUAUGAACUUUCUUGGCGAAUGUGUCUGGCUAAUUUUGCUAAUCUGUACCACACUGAAGACUUCCUAAGCUUGCCCAAAGAUAAAGUUCAAGAGCUUGUUUUCAGUGAGGAGCUGGAGGUCGAGGAUGAAUGUAUUGUGUACGAGGCUGUUAUUGACUGGGUUAAAGCAGACAUCGGAAGGAGACACCUUGAUCUUCCCGACCUCUUGCGGUGCAUUCGACUUGCCCUGCUCCCGGAAACCUACCUGCUAGAGAACGUCGCUUCUGAAGAGCUUGUCAUGGGACACAAGGUGGGCCGUGAGAUUGUGGAAGACGCCGUCCGUUGCAAAAUGAAGAUCUUGCAGAAUGACGGCGUUGUCACAGGCUUCUGCGCCCGACCCCGAAAAGUCAGCCAAGCUCUUCUGCUUCUAGGAGGCCAAACGUUCAUGUGCGACAAAGUAUACAUGAUUGAUCACAAGGCAAAGGAGAUUACUCCCAAAACGGACCUUCCUAGCCCUCGCAAAGAGUGUAGUGCUUGCGCAAUUGGCUGUAAAGUAUAUGUCACAGGCGGUCGCGGGUCUGAAAAUGGGGCUUCAAAAGACGUUUGGGUCUACGACACCUUGCAUGACGAAUGGUCCAAGGCUGCACCGAUGCUCGUUGCUAGAUUCGGACAUGGUUCAGCAGAACUUGACCACAGCCUGUAUGUAGUAGGUGGACACACAUCCCUUGCAGGGUCGUUCCCUGCGUCCCCAUCGGUGUCUCUCAAACAAGUGGAGCAGUACAACCCCCAAUCCAACAAGUGGACACUAGUUGCCCCUCUCCGAGAGGGUGUGAGCAAUGCUGCUGUUGUAGGGGCCAAAAACAAACUCUUUGCUUUCGGAGGGACUAGUAUCAACACGGACAGGUAUCCCAAGGUUCAGUGCUUCGACCCCUGUGAGAACAGGUGGACUGUCCCGGCCACUUGUCCUCAGCUCUGGCGUUACACAGCGGCAGCAGUUGUUGGGAACCAUGUUGUGGUCAUUGGUGGAGAUACUGAGUUCUCCGCGAGCUCCGCGUACCGCUUCAAUAGUGAGACGUUCCAGUGGACCAAGUUUGGUGACGUGACUUCCAGGAGAAUCAGCUGUCAUGCAGUGGCGUCAGGGAAUCGCCUCUAUGUGGUCGGGGGCUACUUUGGGGCACAGAGGUGUAAAACCUUGGACUGCUAUGACCCGUCAACAGACUCAUGGGAUAGUAUAACAAGCAUACCAUACUCGCUUAUCCCAACAGCAUUUGUCAGCACCUGGAAGUACCUCCCAUCUUGAAGAAAAUGUGUCUCUUAUUUGAUCUUCCGAUGUUCUUUUGGAAUGUGGCUCUGUUCCCCCCCACGAGGUCUGGGAAUGCCGGCGGAGGCAUUUUACUAGUCUUGUUCACAAUCACAUGGACCUUGCGCUGGAAACCAAGCCUUAGGUCGGUCAAGUGUCUAACUAUGUCAACCGGAGCCCGUCCCAGCACACCGCAGUCCUGACGGAGAGAUGCAGAAAGCAUUGUGAACACAUUUGUACAUAAACUUACUAGGCAUAACUCUUUAAAACAGGUUAUUUUUAGCCUGAGGUUCCACGCUUCAGCAUCUUGCUCACUCACAUGGAUCCUGCACAGUCAUAAAUUAAGCAAUAAUUAACCCUUGCCUCUGGUUACUCUCUUUAGCGUAUGAAACUGGGCUCACUGUGCUCUUAGUAGACUUGGGUGGCCUUUGAAAGAGAAAAAGGAAGACAGAAUUGUUGAAUAACUAAUUAGGCUUUUGUAUAGAAUGUUUAUUUUUUAUUGUUGAAUAUUUUUUAUUUUUUCAUAAGAUUAUUAAAAACACUUCUCUGAUUAGCACUGUAUUCUUGUUAUAAAAGUACUAGACAAAUAGCGAGGCUGGGCUAAUAGACAAGUUUGGGUGGGGUGUCAACCCCAAAUGAUAAGACAUUAAGUCUGUUUUUAAAUGGGAUGCAUUGUGGUAUUAUUUUCAAGGCAAUUAAAUUAGAUUCUCAUUACCGUAAUGCAAAAAUGUCAUUACCUUCUUGGAAAAGAACAAGAAUGUAAUUUUUUUUAAAUUGUCAAGUAGUUAAGCAUAUCCAGAUUUGAAUUGAAACUACUUAAAAUAAAUACUUAAAAAUCCUAGACAAAUUACGGUAAUGAGGAAAAUGAGCUUAAUUGUUGUGAAAUUAAUGUCAAAAUGUGAAAAAAGAAGAAACAAGUAAGAACAUUUUGCAUAAAGAAAAUGAAGCCUAGUUUUAAAUAGUUUGCAUCGUGACAUUAUUUUCAGGGCCAUUAAAGCACAUUUCCUCCCUAAAUUCUCAUUACCGUAAUGCAAAAAACCAUUACAGUAAUGCAAAAAACCAUUACCAUAAUGCCAAAAAAAAAGUAAUGUAUUUCAUAUUAUCGAAAGUCAUAUGCAGAUUUUAAUAUUAAAAAAAUAAAAAUAAAAAUAAAUACUUAAUCCUGGACAAAUUAUGGCAAUGAAGAAAAUGCACUUAAUUAUCAGUAAAAUGUUACAAUGCGGAAAAAAGAAGAUGGAAAUAAGAAAUUACAUUUUCCAUAAAGAAAAUGAAGGCUGGUUUUAGAUUGUUUGUAUUAUGGAUUUAUUUCAGGGCAGUUAAAGCAUCAUUAUCAUUACUGUAAUACAAAAAAAAAGUUUUUACCAUAAUGAAAAAAAACUAAAGCAUGGUAAUAAAGUAAAAUGUUUUAGUUGUCAAGAAAAAUUCACAAUGAAAAAAAUUAUAAUAAUAUUUUGCAUGAAGACAAUAAAUAUUUUUUAAUUGUUUAGAUUGCAUUUUUUCAAGGCAAUUAAAACAGAUUGUCCCCCCAAAUUCUCAUUACUGUAGUGCAAAAAAAGUCGUUAAAAACAAGAAUAUAUAAUAUGUUAUUAUUGUAUUCAGCUUAAAAUAGGCUUCAUUUUCUUUCUACAAAAUAUUACUUGUCACUCAACUGUAGGAUAACUUGUAGUUAACAAUGUGAAUGACAUUCGCUUAGUUUUUAAGGUGGUUAAACUACUAAAGCUGUGGAUUCCUUAAUGGUUUUGUGCCAAGCCUUCAAUAAACAGUUUUCAAAGUGUCAAAAAAACUAACAAACUUCUUAAAUUAUGUUGCCAUACAUGUAGCUUUGAUUAUGCUUUAUUAUUGUAUUUAUAUUUGUACAGUAUAUUGUAUUAUUUUAAGUAGAUUUUGCACAUUUUGUCCUCCUCACUGUCGAACGGUCAUCUACUCUCAUAAGAUUGUUUUUCUUAAACGUCUUUAGAAUGUGUUGCCUGAAGCCAAAGAAAGCAGCACAGAUAGAAACAUGUUAUCAGCUAAACAUUGCUUCAUUAUGAAAUGUUUGAUACUUUGUGUUGUGAAAUGUCUUAAAAUUUUUGAUAUCACUGAUUCCUGUUCAGCUUUUUGUACAUUUAAUGCCAAAUAUUAUUGUUUCUAACUUCUGUCAGUCAUACAGUAGAGUGUACUGAAGACUUUUUUUAAUAAACUGUCUGUGAAAAUGCUAA